UAAUUACCUAAAUGUCAGUCAAUAUGAAAGAAUGCCUCGAGAUCCUGAAAACAGGAAAAGCACUGGAAGAGAAGACAGUCAGGAUCUUAUGAGAAAAGGUAAAAGAAAUCCUUAUUGAAGAGAACAAUGUCCAACCUGUCUCUGGGCCUGUCACUGUUGUUGGAGACAUACACGGUCAGUUUUAUGAUCUACUUGAGAUCUUCAGAAUUGGAGGUGACGUUGGAGAUACUAGCUAUAUUUUCCUCGGUGAUAUGGUUGACAGAGGAUACCACUCAAUUGAAACAAUCACUUAUCUAAUCUGUCUUAAGGUCCUUUAUCCAGGAAAGAUAACUCUCUUAAGAGGAAACCAUGAAUCAAGGUUUAUCUCUCAGCAAUAUGGCUUCUACGAUGAGGUUAUGAAGAAGUAUGGAAAUAUAAACUGUUGGAAAUAUUUCAACGAUGUUUUUGAUCAUCUACCCUUAUCUGCACUAAUUGAAGGAAAAAUUUUAUGCCUCCAUGGAGGAUUAUCACCUGACUUAAAGACGAUAGACCAGAUAAGGCUAAUAGACAGAUUCCAAGAGGUUCCAAGCACAGGUGAAGGCUUUUCAGAUCUUAUGUGGAGCGAUCCAGAAGACAUUGAUACAUGGGCCAUCAGUCCUAGAGGUCUCGGAUGGUUGUUCGGAUCGAAGGUAACUGAUGAGUUUAACAAAAUUAAUGGACUGGAUUUGAUCUGUAGAGCCCACCAAUUAGUUAUGGAAGGAUAUAAAAUAUGGUUCCCUAACCAAAACUUGACCACUGUUUGGUCUGCUCCUAACUACACAUACAGAUGUGGCAAUGCUGCAUCUAUUUUACAAAUAAAUUCUGACUUAUCUCAGAAAUAUGUAAUGUUUGAUGAAGCUAAGCAAAAAGCUAAACUCUCUCAUUACAGCAAGGUCGUACCUUACUUUUUGUAAGUUGCUUCCUUAGCGAAAAUGCCUCUUGGCAGAAGUAGCUACCGCUCCUACACAAUCCUCAGGACGUAAAUGCUCAAAACACAUCUUAAAUCGAGCUGGUCCUGUUGAGGAGCAAUGUAUUCUUUUUACUAAUAGCACUUAAAUAGCUAUC